AUGACGCCAAAUGUGGAUAGAAGUGCUGUUCCGGGCACUGUCACCUUGUUGGAUUUGGACCAUGUUAUGUCCGCCCAACAUGCCAACGGGAACAGCGACAUUGUUUUGAUUCCGACGCCUUCGAGCGAUCCGGAUGAUCCGCUAAAUUGGUCGCCACGGCGGAAGCUGUUGUCUACUAUUUGUGUUAGCACAUACACUCUAUUUGCCGGAAUUUCAACUUCUGUUGUAUACUCCGUCCUGGUUCCGCUGUCUGAGAAUACAGGGGUGUCAGUGAGUACCAUCAACGAGGGAACGGGCUAUCUCUUCCUGUUAGCAGGAUGGGGCCUCCUGUUCUGGCAGCCGUUCGCCAUGCAAUAUGGCAAGAGGUUGACAUACUUGAUUUCUUUGAUGGGGACUUUAGGAAUGUUGAUGUGGGGUCCGUAUAUACACUCAAGUGGACAGUGGGCAGCAAGAAGCAUUUUGGCUGGCUUUUUCGUUGCCCCAAUCGAAGCGCUUCCUGAAGUCUCUGUCACGGAUGUGUACUUCACACAUGAACGCGGAACAUACAUGGGCCUCUAUGCUUGUUUCCUAGCUGGAAGCAACUAUUUCGCACCCGUCAUAUGCGGCUUCAUUUCCGAGUACCAUGGUUGGAAAUGGGUCUUCUACUGGCCCAGUAUCUUCUGUGCCGGUGCAAUUGUCUUCCUAUUCUUCUUCAUGGAAGAGACAAAUUACGCGCGUGGUCUUUCGAACAAUACUGCUGGCAGUGAUGCUGAGCCUUUCACUGCGGAUAUUGAGCGAGUGAAUAAAGAGAAGGCACCGGAUAGCUCUGAUGUACCGGUUCCCGGAACAAUGUACCCGAAGAAGACAUAUGUGCAGAAGCUUUCCCUGCUAGGGCCCCGACAGAGCAGGAAUAAUAUGCUCAGGAGAUUAUACCAGACGUUAUACUAUCUCUCGUGGCCAGUGGUGUUCUAUGCAGGAUUCUCCUACGGCUCAUACUUGAUUUGGUUUAAUGUUAUGAACGGUACCGCAUCCAUUAUCCUCGGAUCUGCACCAUAUAAAUUCAGUACGGCCAUGGUCGGCCUCAGCUACGUUUCCUGCUGUCUCGGUGCCAUCUCGGCCUCCAUCUUCACUGGCCGCUUCAGCGACUGGCUCACCAUAAUACUUGCCCGCCGCAACAACGGCAUAAUGGAAGCGGAACAGCGUCUCUGGCCCUUCGCAGCAUGUCUCUUUAUCCUUCCAGGUGCUCUAAUUCUCUGGGGCGUCGGAGCCGCCCACGAUGUGCACUGGUUCGGUCUCGUCGUCGCAAUGUUCCUGCUUGCGUUUGUGAAUACGAGUGGCAUUACAAUUAGUGUUAACUAUCUUGUCGACAGUUAUAAGGAGUUGAGUGGUGAUGCGAUGGCGAGUGUGAUGUUGGUGAGGAACACGAUGUCGUUUGCAAUUGGAUAUGGGAUUACGCCGUGGGUUGAUAACCUUGGAUACCAGAACUGCUUUAUAUCGGCAGCGUUUAUCGGUAUGGCAUGCUCUGCCGUCUUCCUUAUUAUGAUGAAAUGGGGAAAGACAUUCAGAGAACAUAAUCGUGAACGAUACUGGAACAUUGUCGUCGAGAACAGGGAGAAGGGAAUGGUCCACUGA